CGGCCGCCGGAAGUGUGAAGGGAGCAGGCCGGGCCUGGGCCGGACAACUGACCGUCACGUCGCCAUGGGCAACCUGUUCGGGCGCAAGAAGCAGAGCCGGGUGACGGAGCAGGACAAGGCCGUGCUGCAACUGAAGCAGCAGCGGGACAGACUGAGGCAGUACCAGAAGAGGAUCACCCAGCAGCUGCAGAGGGAGCGGGAGAUCGCCCGCCGGCUCCUUCACGAGGGCAAGAAAGAAAGGGCCAAACUGCUGCUGAAGAAGAAGCGAUACCGGGAACAGCUCCUGGACAAGACGGAGAACCAGAUCACCAACCUGGAGUCCAUGGUUCAAAACAUCGAAUUCGCCCAAAUUGAAAUGAAGGUGAUCGAAGGCCUGAAGAUCGGGAACGAGUGUCUGACCAAGAUGCAUCAGGUGAUGUCGUUAGAAGAAGUGGAAAGGAUAAUGGACGAAACCCACGACGCCGUGGAGUACCAGAGGCAAAUAGACGAGCUGUUGGCCGGCAGCUUCACUCAAGAGGACGAAGACGCCAUCUUAGAGGAGCUGAAUGAAAUCACUCAGGAACAAGUCCACCUGCCCGACGUCCCCGUGGAGCCGCCCCCCGUCCAGACCCCAGAAAAAGCCCCGGUCAAGAUUAGGCCAAGGCAGCCAGAACUGGUGGCGGCAUCUUAAUCUCAGACCUCCCGGCAACCCCCGCCGGCAGUUUCCCCACGGACUGUGAGCCCGGAGGGGUGGGUUUGGCCCUGCCUCCCGUCGCCCUUCCCGGCAGGGGUGGCCAGCGGGGUCACGUUUCUCACUCUUGUAUCAAGAUCGUUUUCUAGAGCUUCUCUUUUCUCCCAUCGUCCCCUCCGGUCCUAUUUAAAGUCCGAAGGCGCCGCGGGCCGCGCCGACCCUCUCGCCUCCGGAUUAAACCGUGACUUUCCAAGCGGCCGGGCCUCUCGAGGUGGAACGGACCCUCCCCGACCUCCGGCUCUUCGGGGGCCCUCUUGGCGUUUCCCUGGGUGAAGCCAGCCUUUUCUCCGAGGACUUCCUUCUCGGCUGACACUUCUUUCUUCAAAGUUUCGGCCACCCUAGGGGUCUCCCCCGUGACCCCCCCCAGGAGCCCAGCUAUCUCUCCGCUUUCUCUCGGGGAACCGAUCAGCCGUCGGGACAGUGGCGACGGCGGCCGGGGGCCGGGGGCCGGUGGCACUACGGACGUGGGAAGCGGCCCCAUUGUUGUGAACGUGCCCCGGCCCUCACAGCGUCCGAGGAACUCCUUCCUGCUCACUUCCCACCGGGGCAGGCUCAUCUUUGGACAGCCCACGAUGGGACAGUGUGAAAAGUGGGGGAGAGGAGUCUGGCCUGCCGGCCCAGAGGCCCUGAGGGAGAGGGGCGCCGUGUUGGCAGACCCGUCCUGUCAACCCGGCGGUCCUGAGGGAGAGGGGUGCCAUAUUGGUGGACUCAUCCUGUCAGCCCAGCAGUACUGAGGGAGAGGGGCGCCGUGUUGGUAGACCCGUCCUGUCAACC